AUAAGAACCUGUCUUGCAACAAUUCAUUAAAAUCUUCACCAUGCUAAUUAUACUUGUUGCGGUUUUUUUAGCUCAAGCUAAUGCCAGAGUGGUUGACAUAGCAACCGACAUUGUGAACAUGGCUGCUAUAAAAGACCAACUAAAUUACGAAUGUAAAGACGUAAAGGAGCAAACUCAAUUCCAAAAUUGCGGCAGCUCAUUUUCAAAAAGUUUGGCGAUUAUCCAAAACUAUCAAAACAACUCAACAAGACAACCAACUCUUCAUGAAGAGCUGCUUUCACUUAAUAAUGUAGUGAGAUGGAUGUCAUUAUGUACAAAAAAACAAUGAAAAUGUGUGUAGUGCACAAAUAAAAAUUCAUGAAAUUACCUCUAAAAUCACUGAAAUCGUUCAUAGCUUUUCCACAGAAAUGAGUCCGAGUGACUGUUGGAAAGAGGACGAGCUAUAUCACCAAUACGUUUCUUGCUCAAACAAUUAUGGAUUAACAAAUAGAAAUACUCUAAAAGAGUUGGACGUUCUCCGUCAAAAUCAAGACGCAAUUGUCACCUGCUUAGAUCAACACAUGGAAUCUUCUCAAGGAUGCAACAAAAAAAAUCGGCACGAAGUCGCAACAAUCGUGAACAAAAUUGUAAAUUUGUAUAAUAUGCUCAAUCCUGAUCACAAUUGCAACUAAUUCUCUUCGUUGUUGACACUAUAUGAGAUGUUAAAUAAUGAAUAAUCGAGCAUUUCAA